AUGACAACUCGCCCACCACUUUCAACUCUUCUUCCACCUCUCAUCUGCGGCACCGGAACUUUCAAUAUUCAAUAUAAUGCCGAUCCCUUCGCACUCCCUGCAAAUGCUAUUGUGCAGAGAGCAUUAGAAUCGGGCGUAAAUGCCUUCGAUACAUCUCCAUACUAUGGUCCCUCUGAAGAAAUUCUAGGUCGCGCCCUCCAACAACCACAAAUCCUCGCCAAUCACCCCCGCUCUAGCUAUUACCUCAUAACAAAAUGCGGUCGCAUCGCCGCUUCUGAAUUCGACUACUCUCCCGCAUGGAUCAAAUAUUCCAUUUCCCGCUCUCUCGCCCGUCUCCACACAUCCUACCUCGAUGUUGUCUAUCUCCACGACGUCGAAUUUGUUUCUCCCUCGGAAGUCCUCGAGGCCAUAAACUGUCUGCGCGAGCUCCAGGCUCAAGGCAUAAUCCACUACAUUGGAGUAUCAGGAUAUCCCGUCCCGCUUCUCUGUUCCACCGCCGAAAUGGUUUUGCGCGAGACGGGUAAACCUCUCGAUUGCGUCAUGAGCUAUGCAAACUUCACGCUCCAGAAUCACUCUCUAUAUACUAGCGGGCUUGCGCGUCUCCGCAAAGCAGGCGUGGAUUGUGUGCCCAGUGCUUCGGUUCUGGGCAUGGGGCUUCUACGCAGCUCCGGGGUCCCAGUGCCCGGGAAGGAGGAUUGGCAUCCCGCGCCCAAGGAGCUCCGUUCUCGAGUUCAGAAGGCGGCGCGAUGGGUAGAGGAACGAGGGGAGCGAUUAGAAGUGGUGGCUAUACGGUGGGGUCUUGAACGCUGGGCUCUCGAUGGUAAAGUCGGCUCGGAACCUAUCGGGGUAUCCCUCAUGGGUGUGAGUAAUAUAGGAGAGUUUGAGGAGACUCUACGAGUGUGGAACAGUAUCUUGGACGGGAUCGAUAUACCCGGACGAAAAGUCACGGAAGCGGAAAAGCAAUGGAGUUUGAAGAGGAGAGAAGAGACGGAAGCGUUAGCGAAAGGGGUUAGGGAGAUCCUUGGGGAGUAUCGCGAUUUCGCAUGGGCAAGUCCUGAUGAAGGGUUUGUGAAUAUGAGGGUGGUCAAGGGGGUUGUGGAUGAAGUUGCUCCGAUGCUGCCGGCAGAGUAG